UGGAGGGACCCGUGUGCUCUCACUUUGGGCUUAGUCGGUAGGCGUGGUUAGCCAGCAACCUAUCUGCCCCCCCUACCCCGCAACCCCCCCAUCCCUACCUUAGAGGUGAGAUUUGGUGGGAGGUGUACUAGGGUGGGGCAAGCCAGUCAGGGGGCCUUUAAGAGGGUCUGAGGCCGGAGAGGAAAGGGCAGGGCAGCAGGGACAGCUAAAUCCCUAAGGGGCUCAGUAGUCAUGUCCUUAAAACCCGAUGAUGCCAGCAGUGGGUUCCAGCACAACAAUGUUGUGGCCUUCAUCAAUGAGAAGAUGGCCGGGCACACAAAAGGCCCUGAGUUCUAUCUCGAGAAUAUAGCCCUGUCCUGGGAGGAGGUGGAGAACAAGCUCAGGGACAUCCUAGAGGACAGCACGGUGCCCAGCGAGGUCAAAGACGCCUGUGCCUGGAGCAGCCUUGCCCUGGGCGUGCGUUUCGCGCGCAGGCAGGGCCAGUUACACAAGCACAGGGUACAGUGGCUGCACGAUUUUGCCAAACUGCAUAAGUCCGCUGCACAGGCCUUGGCCUCAGACCUAAAGGAGCACACAGCGCGGCAGGAGAUGGAGCGCAAGGAGGCAGCAUUCCGGAUGCGGCAGACACAAGCAAACCUGGCAGAGAUGCAGAAGGAACGGGACCUCCUGAAGUGGAAGCUCUUCCAGCUGGGGUCUACCGGGGAGCAGGGCCAGGCCUCAGAGGGGCCAGGUCCAGCCACUGCCAGUGGGGCUGGGACAGAAGAAACACGCAAGGAGGUAGAGGAGUCCCAAGCUGCUUCUGCUGGUGCCACAGGAAAAGGAAGAAGAAGACAGAAGAAUGCAUUGGGGGCUGAAGCCACAAAGGAGCUCGGCAGAGGCCUCCUGCACGUGGUCGGAGCCGUGGAGCGGAAAAAUUACACCACUGGUGGCCAGAGAGAGGGAGAUCUCAGGUCAGUGGAAACCACCAUGUUUUAUUUCUCUGGGACCCUCCAGCCUGGGUCCAUAGUCUCACCAUCACCCCUUCCUGUCCAGCUCCCUGCUUCAUUCACAUACUCCUACUCAUGCCCCUCAUCCCCCUUCCCACCUGCGCCCACACCAUCCCCACCAGCAGCAACAUGCACAGCAGGAGCUCCAUCUCAGACAUCUCCCAACAGGAAGCCCUCUGACGUUAGCUUGUGUUCUGAUGUGGGGUCCCAGGGAACAGACCCUCAAGAAUCCCAAAGAGACAGGAGAGACUCCGAACCCCAUCAGCAGAGAAGACCUCCCAUAUUUCGAAGGCCUGGGGAUUGGGACUGCCCUUGGUGUAAAGCUGUGAAUUUUUCACGGAGGGAAAUUUGCUUCCGCUGUGGGAGGGGAAUCUGGCUGCAAAGCCCUCAGUAAAUUUAGAAAUGUGAAAUAUAACAAAAACAUAAACCAAUGGGAAAUCAAUGUUCAAAGUGGGAGGGUAAGGAAGGGAACUGGGUAGAGUGGGGGGAGGGCAUGAAUGGGAGAAUGGGGCUAAGGGAGUGGAAGGGAGGGGGGUUGGAACUGGAGGUGGUAUAGAUUGAUAAGGAGAGAUUUAUUUUGAUGACCCCUUUUGUGUUCCGGAGCACUAGCAUCCCACACCCCAGAAGCACCGUAGCUUCUUAGUAUAUGUUUCCCUCCCUAACCCUAGUAUCUGGUGGGCCUGAGCAGCCAUGUAUAUGGCAACACACCCCUGUUCCCACCUAGGCUAUAUAUGAUUGGAGCAGGAGGGGACACCUGACCUAUCCUGAGCCAAACAGGUUCUCACACUAGAGAAUCUGAACUGAGAGGCAGAUUCCAUAGUCGGGGUGGUGUUGGGUAAGAAAAAAAUGGGUUAUUUGGAGUUGGGGCCAAGGCCACAGCCAAGCCCUGGUCCUGGUUGUCAGGGAGCAGAACUGUGUGCUUUAUAGAAGCCAAGUAUCUUUUAGAGGAUGCGAGAAUGCAGUCCCAGGGAUCAGACAAGCACGGAGAAGCAGCACAGGAGUUGAUUCUGCAACCCCAGAGGUGGAGAAAGUGGUGGCAUGAUUACUUUUCCACUCUCUGCAAUUGUGCAAUUGUGAAAAUCUGAUCUAUACAGAUCCCCAUUUCUUUAAGCUAACUUGAGUGAGUUCCUGUUCUGGGCAAGCAGGUUAUUUCCAAGUCAGAAACUGGCACCAGAAGAGCAGUUACAAACCACAGACUGUCAAAGAAAAUGUCAGAACUUGGCUGGGGAGGAGUAUCAGAGGGUUAUGGGUAGUGAGGAUUCCUGCAUCCCAGGAGUCUCCAGGAAUAAACUGGACAGGACGCUUGUUCAUGUUCUGAUCAAGUUAAAGUGUGAGAAACGAUCCAAACAGGCCUGUAGUUAACCCUGGCCUUACAACACAACAGAGAUUUGCCACCCCUAAGAAAAUCCUUUAGGUCUGCAAACGGGACACCCAUACCAGUUGCGGACAAGGACUGCUAUGACUGUCUAGCUCCACAAUAGAACACUCCCCAGUCUCAGUGGCAGAACUGGAAACUCCUGCCACUGCCAAAGAGGUGAGUCAGCAACUGCUAGUGCCCAGAGGGUUUACUGGUUUAGACCACGGACCAAAGUGUGGUGCCAUCCUAAGGGAUUCUCUGUCCCAGCCCACCACCAGAAUAAUAGCAGAAGGGGCAAUCUGGCUACAAAGGCCUCAGUGAAUUCAUGAAUGUGAAAUAAAACAUAUCCCAAAGGGAAAUCAAUUUCCAGAGGGAGGGGGUAAACUGGGAAAGGGGGAGGGGAAAAGAUGGUCUGUGUCUCCUUUCUCACGACUGUGAGUAUUGAUGAUGGAGACUAAAUGUAAGGUUUAGCCCACAGAUGGAAAGAUGGUGAGGUGUCACACCUGGACCAUAGUAAGACAACCAGAGGAACCCUGGAUAUUACCCAGGGACUCUAUUGACCUAGAGCCUGAAGCUGUCAUGGCCCUGGGACAUCUCUACAGCAGCUGGCUUUGACUCUGUGCUGUCCCCUAUUGGGGCAGGUGUGGACAACCAUCACAGUUUGGGGCAAGAUCCCUAACCUGCAUUUUCAGAAAUAUCUCUGGGCUCAUUUAUAUUUUUCUAGGGCACUCUUAACACCUGAGAGUGAAUAACUCUUUGUUGUAGGAGGCUGUCCAGUACACUGUAGGAUGUUUGGCAGAACCCCUGGCUUCUAUCCCUUAGGUGCCUCACUCUACCCCCUAGCUGUGACAGCCAAAAAUGUCUCCAGAUAUUGCCACACAUCCACUGGAGAGCACAACUGCCACUGUUCGGGAACCAUGGAGGCAAGGAGGUCCUUGGGAGUAGUCAUAAUGGGGGGUAGGGGGGAGAGUAGCAAGGAGAUCAUACUCUGCAGUGCUUGGGUCUGUAGGGGAAGCCCUAAGGUAGGAGGUAAAAAGUGCUCAUUGGGUCUGGUAGUCACUGUUGAUCUUUGAGCAGAUCUGGGCUGGGGAAGAGCAGAAGCCAAACCACAAGGACUGGGGGGUAAAUAGGAAACAAGGAAAUAUGGGGGAGCUCUUCAAGCACUUCUGGCUGUGAAAGAAAGGAGUGGGGUAGCAUACAGGGCUGAGAGAGAGAGUUCUUUGGAAUAUGGGAGAAACUUGAACCAUGGGGAGGGAGAGAGCUGAAGAAAGCUUGAAAAUACAAUGUGUAAAUGGAGAUAGACCCUGCAUACUGUAUUGGAAGCAUGUCCACUGUACUAUUCAAUGAAAUAAAAUUGACAGCUAGUUUUUUGUGUGUGAAACAAAACCCCCCAAAGUUCUAGAACUCUGCAUGUGUAUGAUAUGUAUGUUACAGAUUUAUGUGUGCCUUACAUUAUAGAUUGAUGUUUGAAAAAGCAUAGAAAAAGGUCUGGAAAGACAUUUAGCAAACAAGGUAUUACGUAGGGAGGGUAAGCUCAGGGUCAGGACAUGGUAAGCAGGAGGAUGGGGUUCUGGGGAUAUAAACUGGGGUGGGGUCUGGGACAGUUGGGUGGAGGGAGUUUUAGAUUGUUAUGUACUUCUGUGUUGUGUAAAGUGAAAUAAUUAAAU